AUGAUGAAAGGAUGGACACGACGACUGGGCCGGUCCAAGUCGUCGUCCUCAGAGAAGAGUCGUAAACAAAGUGAAAGCAACACAGGAGGGCGCAAUGUGUCUGAUCAGAUCCGUCCAGAGGCUCUGGAUGCGAGCAAUACUGGCGUAGCGUCGCGACGUAAGGACGCGCGGCCGACCGUAGAAGUCACCGCGGCUGGUCCGGGGGCUGAUACCGCCAGUGCUAGUCAUUUGUCUUCUCAUCACACUAGCGGUGAGACGCUUCUGGGGGCACGGGGCCCAGCGGCCCUCGGCACUGAGCCGUUUGAUAUGGAGGGCUUGCGCCCGAGCUUAUCGCCAGGUAGUCCGACUACCGCUGGCCGGUUCUUGUCUGAACGCUUAGGCCAGAUGGAUGGUAUCACCCAACCGACUCGACAUAACUCGAGUCAUUUAACCAUUAGUGCUGAGCGCCAGCUGGAGCAUUUGCCCAUGUUUGAAGACGUUCCCCCCAAAGAGCAUCGCAAUCUUUUUAAGCGCAAACUGCAGCAAUGUAUGGUCAUUUUCAACUUCAGUGAUCCUGCUAGCGAUCUUGUUGGUAAGGAAAUCAAACGUAUGGCUUUGACCCAGCUCAUAGACUACGUCUCGUCCAGCCACGAGCUGUUUAUUGACGAAGCCUUGUACCGUGAUGUGAUCCAGAUGUUUACGAAAAACAUUUUCCGUUCGAUCCCACCGCCCAAAAACCCAUUUGGUGAGAUCUUCGAUCCUGAUGAUGAUGAGCCUAUCAAUGUGGAUGCGUGGCCGCACAUGUCCCUUGUCUACGAGUUCUUCUUACGGUUUAUUGAUGCUCCUGAUUUCAAUGUCUCCACCGCAAAACAGUUCAUUGACCAUCAGUUCAUUCUCUCACUAUUGGAGCUAUUUGACUCCGAAGAUCCUCGCGAGCGCGACUAUUUGAAAACAACUCUUCAUCGCAUAUAUGGCAAAUUCCUCACGCUACGUGCGUUUAUUCGCCGAUCAAUCAACAAUGUAUUUUUGCAAUUCAUUUAUGAGACGGGUCGAUUCAAUGGUGUCGCUGAGCUCUUGGAAAUCUUUGGUUCAAUUAUCAAUGGGUUUGCUAUUCCAUUGAAAGAGGAACAUAAAGUCUUCUUGAACCGCGUACUGAUUCCCCUCCACAAAGCUCGCUCGCUGUCAUUGUUCCAUUCUCAGCUUACUUACUGCGUUGUGCAAUUUUUAGAAAAGGAUCCCCAGCUGACCGAGGAGGUUGUUUUGGGAUUGCUCAAAUACUGGCCCAAGGUCAGCAGCACGAAAGAAAUACUCUUUUUGCUUGAGCUUGAGGAUAUAUUUGAUUCGAUUGAACCUACGGAGUUUGUCAAGAUUGAGGUACCACUAUUUCAACAACUGGCGCGGUGCAUUUCUUCCCCUCACUGUCAAGUUGCCGAGCGGGCUCUCUAUAAUUGGACCCACGAGUACUUUUGCACAUUGGUGGCUGAGAAUUGCGAAGUCAUUCUUCCGAUUAUUUUCCCCUCUCUGCGAGAUAACGCCAGUCACUGGAAUCGUACUAUCCAUGGCAUGAUUUUCAACGCCUCUAAAAUGUUGCUUGAAACCAAUCCUGUUCUAUACGACCAAUGUGCCGCAAACUACCGUAAAGAGCGUGAGCGGAGCCACGAGGUUGAGCGGGCUAGAGCUUCAAAGUGGGCAGAGAUUGAGCAGACUGCUUAUGCGCACGGUGGUGUUAUCAUUGUUGACCAAUGCACACCAGCCGAGCGGGCUACCCGCUCACUUACCACUCCAUCGCGACCAAAUGAGCACAUGUCGACUUUAGAUUCCACCGCGGCAAGUAUGCCGCCAGAUCCUUUGAUUCCCAUUGAAUUACUCCGUCGCGCCAAGACGAGCACGCCUACCAAGUCUAACAGUCCGCCGGCGCCCAGGUCAGCGAAAUCGCUUACCGAACCAGUUGCACCGCUUGAUUUGACGAAAAUCAGCAACGCUGCCAGUGCUAUUAGCAGUGGCCCCAGUUCGGGAGCGCCCAGUGAAAAUGCAUCUGUGCUCGAGACCCGUUCAGCGUCUUCACCUCCAGCUGCCGCUUCUGGCACACCCACCACACCAAUUUCGCCUAAUCAGGGACCCAUCGCCAUUGGUAGCCAGACGGGCAGCGUAGUUACACAAACGGUGGCUGCUACGGCAUCCUUUUCAUUAUGGCCCUUGGAUCGCUCGGGACCUACUUCCACGGACGAUUUUCAAGAUCAAGGUGAAGGGGGCUCAUCAGCACUACUUAGUUGUCCGCCGUCCCCAGAUUUGAGUGGCUGA